UAGACGCCUGCACCCUCCCAGCCCAGAGACGGGCUCCUCGGGGAGCCUGUCCGAGGACUCAGCCGCGCCUCACAACUCCACAGCGCGAGGAAGAGCGCCUUGUCCCGGGAAGGCGGCGGAUGGGCGGGACGUUCCUCCUGAUGGACCCCUGAGAGGAGGAGGCAGUGCCCCCCCCUUCAGCCCCGGGCUGCGGACGCUUCUCCUGGACCAUAGCGGGAUUAUCAUCCGCAUUGAGAGCAGUUGACGGGAAUAAUCCGCAUCUCAUCGGUGACCGUCUGAAGAGCAGCGGUGCAGCGAUGUGGCAGCGACUUCAGAUCUGCUGCACACUCUUUACACUGUAUUCAGCAGCGCCGCCCGCACACAUCAACCGCCUGGCGCUGUUCCCCGACAAAAGCGCCUGGUGCGAAGCCAAGAACAUCACACAGAUAGUCGGGCACACAGGAUGUCAGCCACGCUCUAUUCAAAACAGAGCUUGCCUUGGCCAGUGUUUCAGCUACAGCGUCCCGAACACGUUCCCACAGUCCACCGAGUCUUUGGUGCACUGUGACUCCUGCAUGCCGGCCCAGACGCAGUGGGAAGUGGUGACCCUGAAUUGUCCCGGCAGUGAAGAGUCUCCUCGGGUGGAUAAGCUGGUGGAGAGGAUCUUCCACUGCAGCUGCCAGUCCUGCAGUAAAGACGGCGCCCAGGAGGGGGCAGUGAUGCAGCUGUAUCCAGCCGACAACACUCUCCUCACCUCUCCGUCUCUAUCUGACCCCCCCAGCAAACCCCAGCCUCACCCUCUGUCCCAUGCAGACACACACUCCAACAAGCAGCUGCACAAAGACCACCACACACUGCCGCACACAUCAGAUGGGGGGUAGGAGGGAGGGUGUCCUUUGCCGCCGUGAUUGGGACUUUUUCCAUCGCCGCUGUCCUCUGUAGCAGUCUGUAGUGAUGUAAAUGCAUUCUGAGGACGGGUUUGAAUCCUUCUACCAUCAUACACUAACACACAGUACCGCUCCACACAAACACAGAUGACUGUACACCUUUGUGUUUGCUGAUUAACACCUGCAUAUAUGAACAUUUCUGCACGACACACAACUAUAAUCUGGAAAUGUGCUUUGAAUGUAAUAAAAUCUGUGGUUGUGAAAA